AUGUCGGACGUUCCCACGUUCGCCGGCCUCAGCGGCCAGAAGCUGAUGGUGUCGGUGACCUUCUGCGCCACCAUGGGUUUCUUGCUUUUCGGUUAUGACCAGGGCGUCAUGAGUGGUAUCAUCGACGCGGAUCCCUUUAACGAUGUCUUUACCGCCACGCGCAACAACUCCACCAUGCAGGGUGUCGUCACUGCCAUCUACGAGCUGGGCUGUCUGGGUGGAGCACUAUUCAUCCUCGCCUGUGGUGACUGGCUGGGCCGUCGUUAUUCCAUCAUGUUGGGUGCUGCCGUCAUGAUCGUCGGUGUCAUUCUGCAGGUCACCUCAUUCACUGGCCACAUUCCGCUGGCGCAGUUCUGCAUCGGUCGUGUCAUCACCGGCGUCGGCAACGGCAUGAACACCUCGACCAUCCCCACCUACCAAGCUGAAUGUUCGCGCACUUCCAACCGUGGUCUGCUUAUCUGUAUCGAGGGCAGCACCGUCGCCAUUGGUACCCUGAUCUCCUAUUGGGUUGACUUCGGUGCCUCGUACGGUCCCGACGACCUGACCUGGCGAUUUCCCAUUGCCUUCCAGUGCUUGUUCGGUCUGAUCAUCAUCUUCGGCCUGCUCGUGCUGCCUGAGUCACCGCGUUGGCUGUUCACCCAAGAGCGCUACGAGGAGGGUGAGCGCGUCAUCGCCGCCCUGAUGGGCAAGGCUGUCUCCCACCACGAUGUUCAGCUUCAGAAGACCAUCAUCUUAGAUUCUUUGCGCGCGUCUGGUAUGGCCGGCAAGUCCACCCCCAUGUCCGCCGUCUUCACCGGCGGCAAGACGCAGCACUUCCGUCGCAUGUUGCUGGGUUCUUCGUCGCAGUUCUUCCAGCAGGUCGGAGGCUGCAACGCCGUCAUCUACUAUCUCCCCGUGCUCUUCAACCAGUCCCUGGGUCAGGAUCAUCUGAUGUCCAUGAUUCUGGGCGGUGUCAACAUGGUCGUUUACUCCAUUUUCGCCUGCAGCUCGUGGUUCCUGAUCCAGACCGUCGGCCGUCGCAAGCUGUUCCUGUGGGGUUCCGUGGGCCAGAGUCUGUCCAUGGUUAUUACCUUUGCCUGUUUGAUCCCUAAUACCACCGAGGCCGCCAAGGGCGCCGCAGUCGGUCUGUUCACCUUCAUCGCUACCUUCGGUGCUACUUGGUUACCGUUGCCGUGGCUGUAUCCGGCAGAGAUCUCGCCUAUUAAGACUCGCGCCAAAGCCAACGCCAUCUCCACCUGCACCAACUGGCUAUUCAACUUCUUGAUCGUCAUGGUCACCCCGAUUAUGGUCCGGAAUAUCAAAUGGGGUACCUAUCUCUUCUUCGCUGUUAUCAACGCCCUGUUCAUCCCUGUCAUCUACAUCUUCUACCCUGAGACUUCGGGCCGGUCCCUCGAGGAAAUCGAUCUGAUCUUCGCCAAGGGUUAUGUGGAGAAGAUGAGCUACGUGCGCGCCGCCAAGGAGCUGCCCAAGCUGUCCGACGAGGAGGUGGAACGCGUAGCCAUGCAGUAUGGUUUCGGCGGUGCCGACCAGGACUCUGUGACUAAGAAUGUCGAGAGUGAUAGUACCGAAUCGAAUGUGGUGGGCUCCACUGAUCCGGAGAAGAACUAG